AUGUCCGUCCCAAAGCGCAGGCGCCGCGAGCGCGGGCCGUGGAUGGGCACUCCGGGUACCGCGCACGAAUGGCCCUAUCAGAGCUGGCCUUGCACAAAGCGAGUCCCGCCCCCAGGCCGCCGCCACGAAUCCCCUCCCCCUUCUUUGGCCGCCUCGGCCCGCCCACUUCGGCCCGUGCCCCGCCCCGCGCCGUUCUCAGCUAGAGGCUAG